CCCUGAGCGCCCACUUACUGCAGCAAUCCUGUAUCAGGCUGGAACCCGUUGCCCUGUUCAUCCAGCGCCUCCUGGUUCAUGCACAGAAUAGGACUACAGCAAAGACUGACACCUUCACAGACAGAACAGUACGAUAAAGCGUGCAGACCGACGCCAUAUUUCCUCCUCUUUCCAGUGGUGCUGUUUGGUUGUCCUUGCAGCUGAAAGCUUCCCCUCCUGCGCCGACAGACCCGCAGACAUGGUUGUCCGCCCCCCGCUGGGAGAUGCAAGUGGGAUGCCCAUUUUGGGAACCUUUGCAGAAAACUGGGCGAACGUGCAGAAGUUCCAGGCUGGAGAAGGAGACGUGCUGAUAGACACCUACCCCAAAUCUGGUACCACCUGGAUCAGUGAGAUUGUAGACUUAAUUCUACAGAAUGGAGACAAAAAGAAAGCCCAGCGCGGAGCCAUUUUCGAGCGGGUGCCCUUUCUGGAGUUUGCAGUGCCUGAAAUACCAACAGGCACUGAAUUGCUUAAUGCAAUAAAGCCUCCACGAGUGAUCAAAUCUCAUUUAUCCGUGCAAACCCUGCCGAACACCUUCUGGGAAAAGAACUGCAAGGUCAUCUACGUGGCCCGAAAUCUUAAGGAUGUGUUAGUGUCGUAUUAUCACUUCAACUGCAUGGCCCCUGUGUUCCCAGAUCCUGGAACUUUUGAAGAGUUUCUACAAUGCUUCAUAGAGGGAAAAGUUGCUUAUGGAUCAUGGAGCGAUCACGUCAAGGACUGGUGGAAGAUAAGGCAGGAGAGAGACAUCCUCUACCUCUUCUAUGAGGAUAUGUUAGAGGAACCAAAACGUGAGAUCAGAAAAGUAAUGAAGUUCUUGAGGAAGGAUUUACCUGAAGAUGUCCUGGAGAAGAUUUACCAGUCCACCACCUUCAAGGCUAUGAAAGAGAACAGCAUGGCCAACUACAGCACCAUGCCUUCCCACGUCAUGGACUUUACCAUCUCACCCUUCAUGAGGAAAGGGAUCAGUGGAGACUGGAAGAGCCAUCUCACCGUGGCUCAAAAUGAACUACUUGAUGAAUACUACAAGAAGGAGAUGUCUGACACCGAUCUGACCUUCCGCUUCUAAGACCUUGACAUAACUCACAUAACUCAUGUAUACGCCAUUUUAUAGCUUAAACACUCAUUUUCCUGAUUUCUAUUAUUCUUGUGGGUUGGUUGGAUGUUUUUGGCAUUAAGUGUUAUUCACUGUUUCUAUACCCGUAAGGAAGCCUCAUAAGCAUUGGUCCAGCCCACAACAUGGCUGCCUUCUCAUUAUGGACACUGCUCCUUUCACAGGACCGCACAGCAUUAUAACGAUUUAAAAUGCUGUUUGUCUCUGCCCGGCCUUACAUCUACUGAAUUAUAAUGACAUACAGCUAUCAGUGCAAUUCAGUCAGUAGAUGUAAGGUCAGGCAGAGACACACAGCAUUAUAAAUCAUUGUAAUGCUAUGCGAUCCUGUGAAAGAAGCAGUGUUCAUAACGGGAAAUCACAGUCCCACACCGAGCUUGUUUUUUUCUCACUGGACACUCUUGUCUGAAAUUCACCUUAGCCAUCAACUCUACAUAAUACAUCAACGUUCCCCUGCAGUUUUCCCAUCUUAUUUUCAAUUGAAAAAUUAAAAUUCUGUAAAGACAAGAA